GUACCACGCAUCCCUACAAGUAUCGGGGUGGGCUGAAUUUCCCAUCUCUCCCUUCCCUUCCCUUGCCAGAUCUCAGAGCCCAUAAGUGGGUCUGGGCAGGAGGGCUGUGGGGGGGUGUGUUCUAGUGCCUCUGUGUACAUACAGGCAGGGGUGGGGCACGCGCAUACACACAGUGGGAUGCGGGCAGAGUCCUGGGCAGAGGCAGCCACCCUUUGAGGGAAGCCCUACCGGCCCAUCCCACCUCCUGGCUUGCUGCUGUGUUCUGGCUCUGAGCCUCUAAUUGCUCAAGAAGUGGGUAAGGAAUUGGGGGAGGGUGUUACUCCCACAGCCUCCUGGAGCCACCUUACCAGGUGUCAGCUGAGGCCUUGUCAGUGACUUUGUUUAAUACCUAGGCCCUCCAGGGUCUGGAGAUACCCAGAGGGUGGGCAGUUCUCCCUGAGCCCUGCUUUGAGGGCCAUGGGUGCCUUGUCACUUGUUUGUGGGGUGCAGUGAGCAGGCCAUCUGUCCUUUGCCCCAAGGAGAGGACUGGAGAUGGGACACUUCGGGGGAGCACCUCCUGCUUGACUCACCAGGUCUCCAGCAGACCUCUCUGAGUCUGGGAAAAGCCAGGGGGACCUGAGCAUGCCACUAGGCUGGUUUCCUUCUGGCUAAAAUGAGCCCAUUCCAGAAGGUCUCUGGGACCAUCUCAGACCUUAUAAUGCUGGGAUGUCAGACCCCAGCAGAUCUGGCUGAGAUCCAAGUCCUGACUCAGCAGGUUCAGGGUAGGCCCUAGGUACUGCUUGGACCUUGAACCCCCUUUCUUUGACUUGCAAACCCCUCUUCUGUGCGUUGGAAGUUCCUAAUGGACACUUUACCUGCUUGGAGCUGCUGGCCUACCUGCCUUGGGGUGUGGCCUGGGCUGAGGGAUUUGCAAAGUUCUGUUCAAUUGUCAGAAUCACCAUCCUGACCCUGGGAACCCAGCACCUAUCACCAAAUGACCUUGUGUGUCAGUGAGGCCCAAGUUUGGGCUCCCCCAUCUCCAGACCCUUCUAGCUGCAGCCAGAACAUUCCUGCCUGCCGCUCCCCCAUCCCCAAAUGAUACCAACCCUCCUGUGGCAGAUCUUAUCACCAGCCUUCGAGAUCACCUCCUGCAGAGGGGACCCAGGCAACCUGGGACUGGGGGGAGGUGGGGUCUGGAGAGUGAGCCCUGUGAAGGCAGGGGGCCCCCAUGGGCUUCUGAGCCGAGCGUGGCUGGGUGCAGCUGUGUUUGGCAGUGGGGGAGUCUCGUGAAAUGACAAGUGGACGUACACCUGCAGGGAUGCCUGUGGGUGUGCGUGAGUGUGCAGUGUGCCUGUGUGAGUCUAUCAGCGGCCGUGGGCAGGCUGGCAGCGCAGAGGGAGAGGGGGUGGCAGUUUUGAGGUAGCAUGGGGAGGGGCCUCUGCUGGAAACAGCCUCCCUCCACCCUGGAUGCCAGCCUGAGGGUCUCCUGGGGAAACUCAGUCUCCCAGCUUCAUCCUAGCCUGCUUCUGGGACAGGGACCUCCAUGGGGGGGGGGUCAGAGGCUACUGAGGGCACCCGCCUAGGCCCAGCCCAAGACUGACUCCAGCUCUCCUCUCCGCAGAUUUUCCGUCGGGCGGAUAAAAAUGAUGAUGGGAAGCUGUCCCUGGAGGAGUUCCAGCUGUUCUUUGCAGAUGGCGUUCUCAAUGAGAGGGAGCUAGAGGGCCUCUUCCAUACCAUCGACUCUGACAACACCAACCAUGUGGACACCAAGGAACUGUGUGAUUACUUUGUGGACCACAUGGGGGACUACGAGGAUGUCCUGGCCUCCCUGGAGACCUUGAACCACUCUGUCCUAAAGGCCAUGGGCUAUACCAAGAAGGUGUACGAAGGUGGGAGCAACGUGGACCAAUUUGUGACUCGCUUCCUCCUGAAGGAAACAGCCAAUCAGAUCCAGUCAUUGCUCAGCUCCGUGGAGAGCGCAGUGGAAGCCAUUGAAGAGCAGACCACCCAGAUCCGGCAGGAUCACUGUAAACCCAACCUCGGCAUCUCAGAGACCCGCUACGGAGGCCCCACUCCUCCCUACGUCCCCAACCACAAGCUCAUGGCCCCGGAGUCAGGGAAGAGCCAGCCUACGGCCACUGGAGAAACAAAGGAGGAGGGGCUGGAGGCCCAGAUCGGCCGGUUGGCAGAGCUGAUAGGAAGACUGGAGAGCAAGACCCUCUGGUUUGACCUGCAGCAACGCCUCUCAGAUGAAGAAGGCAUCAACAUGCACCUGCAGCUGGUCCGGCAGGAGAUGGUGGUGUGCCCCGAGCAGUUGAGCGAGUUCCUGGACUCCCUGCGACAGUACCUUCGGGGCACUGCUGGAGCGAGGAAUUGUUUCCAUGAACCAGGCAGGCUGUUGAUCUGGUUGAACAUUUAUUCUUGCAUUGCUGCCGUGAGGCUGGCAGAUGGCCUCACCUUCGUCAUCUAUGAGUUCUGGGAGACAGAGGAGGAGUGGAAGAGGCACCUACAGAGCCCCGUGUGCAAGGCGUUCCGUCAUGUCAAGGUUGACACGCUGAGCCAGCCUGAGGCCCUCUCCCGGAUCUCGGUGCCAGCCGCCUGGUGUACCUCGGGCCGAGACUGACCCCUCCUGAGGAGCCUGCUGAGGAGCCUGCUGCCAUGCUCCCCUCUUUCCUAGAGACUUUGGUACACGGGCUGUCUUUUCAAUACACUAACAGGAGCGCACUUCCCCUGGCAUCCCCACACCUCACUUGAACUGGCAGGGCAGUCUGUGUUGCUGGGGCGUUGCUGAGACCAAGGAUGGCAGGGAGGGCUUCGCAGCCCCCCCCCAACCUGUAGCC